GGAAGAGGAGGAGGAGGAAGAAGCAGCGACUGAGGCGGGCUGGCGAGCCAGUUUUCAAGAACAUGAAUGACAAUUCCAGGAGUCCAUUUGGAUGAGAAACAAUAGCAUGUUUGAUUUUCAAAAGGUAGUGUCUGUUCUCUGGAACCUAUGAUGUCUUCUCUUAUGGAGAGUUAUCGCCUCAGCAAUAGCAACAAUUCCUUGGAGUCACACAGGUCAAUUCAGUACAAGGACAGGCUAUAUAGCUCGGCAUCACAAGCUUUGGAGGACUAUAUUAAAGAUUAUAAUCUCAGUCUUGUGUCUCCAGAAAUAAGACCUGGAAAAAUCUGCAUUAACCAGAGCACUCCUAGAGACUUCAAGUCUUCAAAUAAUUGUUUCCAGCAAAAAUAUGCUCCGGAGAACUUUAAACAGUGGGCACUACAGGAUUCGGUUGCUCCGCCCUUGAGAAGAAAAAUGAUUUAUGACUCAGACGUGCUCAGUCUCACCACAGAUGAUCUUCUCGCCUUUCCUGCAGAUGGUUCAGUGCCUUUUAACCAAGCCAGUGCCUUCCAGCCAGCACGUCAGAAUAGCAAAUCGAAGAGGAAAUCCCUGACUUCUCCCUCUUACGUUCGUCACAGGACCUCAUCGUUGGGCAAGGAAGAAGGAAUGAGUUUUCCCGGAGAUCCUGUUAUUUCCUCUUCAUACAAAGACUUUAGCAGAAAGAUGUCCGCACAACAUACGUUUCACAGAUAUGAUUCUGAGGCUUCAGGGCAUUCUCUGCCGAACCACUUGGUUGAGCAGGAGGACUCGGGGCCUUCUUUUCAUAAGAACUAUCCAAGGUGGCUUACAAGUCAAAAAUCUGACUUGAGUGUUUCAGGGAUAAGCAGCAUUCCUGAUGUCAAGUAUCCGUCUUGGCUUGACACCCAUCAUCUCUUGCCAGAUUCUGCUAAUGAAAAUUUUCCCCAGACCCGUGAUGUGGAAAGUGAUUCUUCCCGCUUGCAAGGGAGCAAGGAGCUGCUAAGCAGCCAAAAUCUGGGUGGAUCAAACAACUCUAGACGAUCUGAACGCAACAGUUUUCCGGACCUAGAAAAUAAGGAUGCUGUUGUGAGAGACUGCCAACGUGAUUGCCGGAGAGUGUGCUUUGCACCCGAUGGUUCAGGAGAGGGCAGGCAUUCAUGGAGAGAGAAUGACCCCAAGGCACUUCUUCUGAAGGUGAAGAGAACUCUGGAGUCCUCUGCUGAUGAAUUAGCCAACGUCCUGAACAACGACGGCAGUCCUUGUACAGUGGAUGUCCUAGAGGCCGAAAGAUCAUGGGAUAAUGUUCCAGUUGGUUUGAAGUCUCCUGUGCCUGUACAUUGCGAAGAGAACUCUCAAGAACCCUUUAAAGCAAGCAUUGUAGAUGGAUAUUUAGAAGAUUGUCUAAAGAACAGCAGUCAGGAGAGUACGUUUUCUGGAGGGAAUCAUCAUGGGCCUGUGGAAGCUUUGAAACUGAUGCUAUUUAAUCUUCAAGCAGUUCAGCAGAGCUUUAACCUGAAGAAGAACUCUGAACAAAACAAAGAGCUUAAAAAAGCUUCAGAUGAGGACGUGGAUUUGAGACAAUGCAAUAGUGAUACAAUCCCUGUAACAAGAUCCCUUCAGAGAGCUUUAUACCAUUUAUCUCGACUUAAAGGUUUGGUUGAAGAUAUGUGUGACAGAGAAGAAUUGACAGAUCUUAGCAAGACCAUAAAGGAUAAACUGACAUAAUCUUCCCGCAUGAGAUCGUGUAUUGUGCACUUCGUGAACUGUACAAUCACAGUUGUACUUGAGCACAGUGGGAAAACUCAUAAGGUGAUCCAGCCAUUUGCUGGGGAUCUGAGAGAAUCUCUUUAAGGCCAGCAUUAUGGAGUAAAAAAAAAAUCUCAGAUUGAGGUGUGUAUUCCAAGCACUUCAUCUCUCUGGGAUCAAGUUACAGUUUCCCACUGAAACGUUUUAAUUUUUAAAACCUUUCAGCUAGGAGCCAAAGAGCUACUGAAGCUCACAGAGGAGGCUUGCACCAACCCUGGUUGGUUUGGGGCUCCUUUUCUUUCCAACAGUCGCUUCUUUUGUGCUGUGUCACAAAAAUUGCUUUUGUACUUCCACAAAAUUGGGUAGCUGCUGCUUGAGAAAAAGCGAGUCUUACAGCCCCAUAUAUGCAUCAGCUCUCCAUGCUCAAGAAACUAGUUUCAGGGUUCUUUUGCUCUUGCUCUUGUCUGCUGCCUAUUAAUGAUCUAAAAUAAGUACGGCAGCAAACAAUCAUGAACGACCAAAUCCGAUGUUAUAGAGACAGAAAGGGAGGAUCGAUAUCAUAAACUAAAGGUGCUAAGACAGCAUCAUGGCAGAAGAUACUGCAUGUAAGUCAGAUUGAGAAGGGCAAGAUUUGCAUCUUGUAGCACCUUAAAGACCAACAAGAUUUCCAUGGUAUAAGCUUUUAAAAGUCAAGCUCUCUGCAAGAGUUAAAGGAGCUUGUCUCUCAGAAGCUUAUAUCCUGGACAUUUCAUUGAUCCUCAAAGUGCUACUGUACUUGGAUCUUGUUCUGUUACUUCAGACCAACACAGCUACCCUUCUGAAACUGUCUUCAUGGAAAGAUUGAGAUGGCUGUACUUGGCUAAUCUAGACCUAAAUCCUUGUCUAAUCGUCAGUACUAGAAUACCGAUAGCACUUCCUUCACUAUGAAUUGCAGUCAGCAACGUAACAUUAGAUUUCAGUACUGUGAAAACAAAUACGAGGUGUACAUGGCAACGCAUCUUUUUUUUUAAUGGCAUGACAUCACGGUUCUCUGGGAAAUCAGGAGUGUUAAGCUGUGGUGUCUACCACUAUCUAAAGGCAUCAUGUAAUAUUUGGAAAUUGCAUGUGUGAAUCUGUCAGUUUUUGCACAGUUUCCAACCAUUCAUUCUUAUGAAUUUACAAUUAAAUAAAGUCCUAAUGAGUUUUAGCAUAAAUUUUUUGGGAACUAGAGCCCACGUUAUCUAUUUAUUUAUUUACUUCAUUUAUGUCCUGCCUUCCUCCUCAAAGGGAACCCAAAGCGGCUUGCUCCAUUUUAUUAUCACAACCACCCUGUGAGGUAGGUGAGGCUGAGUGAGUGUGCUUGGCCUGAGGUCAUCCAGAAAGCUUCCAUGGCAGAGUGGGCAUUCACACCUGGAUCUCUCGGAUCCUAGUCAAGCACGCUAACAGCUACACUUAAGCUGUCACCUAGCAACUCAGGUGUGACAAUGUAGAUACCAGGUGAAUGGUUAUAGGAAGGGAAUUCCAUAGGUAAAGUAUCCUUUGUUGAGACAUUUUGUCUCUUGUAACCUCCUGUCUUGGGUUUGGAGGUAACAGCACAUAGAUCAGGGCUUCUGAAGGAAAUCUUAAGCAAGUUGGUAUUUAUCUCUUUAGGAGAUUUCUAUGUCACUCCAUCAAAAGCUGCUUAAGUUGGCUUACAAUUAAAAUAACAAAUUAUCAAUAUAAAAACAAGCCAUUAAAAGAAACCCAGGGACAUAAACAUCGUAAAACUAUCCAUAAGAAAAAACUCAGACCAGAAGCAGACCAUUAAAAAAGCUGGGAAGAUCAAAUCCCUAAGUAAAAUCCUGGGCAAAAAGAUUUUGGCCAGGUGCCUAAAACACAGUAAUGUAGAGACACCAGAUGAGCCUCAAGUAGACGGGUGUUCCAAAGAGCACUGCAGAAAAUGCCCUGUCCCUAGAUGCCUACCAGUUAGUGAAGCAAAAAAGCCAACCUCCCAAUGCCCUUGAUGCACUGAAAUUGUCUGUACAUUGUUCAUGCUAAGGAAGUCCUCAGAGCUCAAGCUGGAGCAGGGCCACCAAUGUACAAUUUUUCAUGCAUUUUGUCAGAUGUAAGUCUGGCUGCCUUUGAGAAAACAUUGACCAAAGAAAAGAUGUCACUAACAUUCUUUAGGAAAAUCUUCACUUAUCCUCAGCCUGAUUGGACUGAGAAGCUUUGUUGUGACAGAAAUGGAAACACUCAUUUCUGGGGACACAAAACAAGGCCUCCAUUCUCUGCUUGGAUGGACUUUCUGGCUGGGAAAUGGGAUGCUGAACUAGAUAGAACCUCUGUCUGUUCCUGCCGAGCGCAAAAUGGGUUUUUGAAUGGCAUGUAUUGGGGAGGGGGUGCAAUUUUGGUAAGCAUGGAAAUUGCAAAACCUUUUGAUACAUUCAAACAGCAGGAGAUGAUAGCUAGCACUUAAAAGUAGCAAACACCUUUCUGUUUAUUUGUGGAGCAAUUGAUCAUCUGCUAAAAAAGUAGCUCAUAAAGUAAUAAUCUAGGCCAUGUACCAAGUAACACAAGAUUUAUUGUGCCUGUAGAAAGACAGCAUCCACUGGGUCUUCUGUACAGCGUUCCUUAUGCCAUACAAAGCUGUUCUUGUCUUUGGACAACUGCAUGCAGAAUUUUUCCAUCCCGUGUAUAAGCAAAAAUUGAAUGUGCCUUUUUUCUUUAUAGUUUUCUAUUUUGUAAUUUAUAUUCUUUAAAAUAGAUUAGGGCUAUCAAUAACAUAAUUUUAGGUCAUUAAGCUACACAAUGAUAGACUGAUUAUCAUUUUAAAAUUAAUAAAUCUCUUACAAUAAUUAUCUUUUUGUGAUAUUGAAGGAAGCAUGAGCGUACAGUAAAAGAAACAAGUUACCUUAUGUGUGCCAUUAAUUUUCAGUCCUCUGUUAAAAAUUUACCCCCAUUAAUAAUCUAAAUCUCUAGCUGAUUAGUUUCCCAAUUAAAGUUUGAAUCCCUAUUUCAAAUUAUUAUUGCUCAGUGGCAUAUUUCAUGGAAACAUUUUGGAGUAUGGGUAACGAGGUACCAGUUGGUGGUAAUUAUUCACAGACCGCAUCAUUUUGUGGGCAAGAGUCACCAAAUGUUAAGGAGUCAGCUUUAUUGUUUUAAUUCAAUAAAACAAUAUUGCUUUAAUUUUUUUUAAUGUGGCACUUGAGGGUACUUGAAAUGAGACUCCACCAAAA